AGAAAAUAUAUAGAUAUAAAAAAUAUUUUUAUUACUUUGAAUUUUUUCGUAUUGUUUAAAUUAUGUUUUAAAAGAAAUAAUAUUUAUGUUUUUAAUAUCAAGAUUAUCUGUGUAAAUUGUUUUUAAUGAAAUCACAUUAUAUUGAGUUACAUAUACUCUUUUCGUGAUCGACAAGAACUGCAACAGUUAGUAUCACGAAAUUACCGACGGUGACCUGUUUUACACACAGACUUUUCAUGGUCGAGGACAAUUGACCAGACCUAAUCUGCUGCCAAGGCUGCAUUGCGCAUAAUCGAACGCAAUCAAUACGAAAAGUUGACGACAUAUCUAGACAAAAAACAUUACGGUUACUUUAGCAAAAGAGGAUACUAGCUUCCGCAGUGCCAUAUUUAGGUUUCUUCUUGCUGAAACGAACCAAACCCUUCUUUAUUGGAAGCUUUUAUUGUUAAGGUUAGGGUUACGAUUACUUUAGCAAAAGAGGAUACUAAACUACAUCGAUAGAUAUUAUACCAGUUAAGACAUUAUGAUCCGGUUUACUUUACAGUGAACAUGUUAAGUAGCUUUGUCUAAAAACCACAACAACUAUCUCCAAUGUUGAAGGCUUUGCCAACUGAAGGGAUUGAGAUUUUUCGUACAUGUUUCCAUCUGGUAUACCAUUACUUUCGGCAUUUUGCAUGUUUAUAGUUUGAGGUGUCUUUUGAGAUGUUACAAAUUUAACAUAGUUUACUUAAUUAACACAUGCAUGAUGAGGUCCGAACCAAGUACGUAUUUCAGUGCUGCAUUGUGGAUUCAAAGUUGAGCACCAGUGCAAAUUGUGAAUGGAAUUUUGUAAAAAGGGAAAAUUCAAAACUAUGAUAUGUCCUUUUUGGUUGUCUAAACAUGAAUUUUGAAAUCAGGAUGGAUCAUACUAUAUGGUCUCCACGCUUUUAGAUCCACUUCUCUUUGUUACUGCUUAAGUAAGCUUGUAAAUUUCAAUUGUUUUAAAAGUUUUGCCAAGCUGUAACUUUAUUUCAUGGAAAUAAAAAUAUAGAUGAGAAACAGAGUAAUAAAAUGCCUAACCAUCUAUACAGAAUUCAAAUUGGCUACUGCAAAUUGCUAAUGAUGUAAAUGAACGUUUCAACUAUCUACUUUUUCCUCCAAUGAAACACGUUAAAAAAAAGGUGUCAAACGAGAGCGCCGCACUACUAGAGUUUGGUAAUCUGUGCUAUCAGCAAAGAAGAAAGGAUACUCUUGACAAACAUAAAAGUCAUAAUAAUAGUGAUGUUUAUAGUAAAGUUAGAGACAGAGCAAAAGGAGACAUAACUUGAUAAUUGGUGUUUGAGCAGGAGGAAGAGGCGGCUCUUCUGGAGUCACUGCUUGGUGAAACAAUUUAAAACUUUUCAUAUGGAGACUUGGUUACUUAGCUUUCGUUGUAUGUUCAUAAAAUUGCAAUUUGCUUGUAAAGCACUCCUCUUAUCUUUUUUUUUUUUAUUAUUGAAGAAACUCUUUCUCUCUUUGCAAGUAGUCUUCCUUAUGCUAAGUAAUGGGAUGUUAAUUAGUUUGAUUGUUGCAUGCUUGUUAAAUUAUUGAAAACAUCAUUGAUUAGAUUCAAAAUAAUAACACGUCCAAAGUGGAUGGCCGUCAAAACCUAAUGUCCCUGUAAACUAAUAUCAACAAAACUUCCACGUACUCAUAUAUUCCAAGAAAAUAUCUCACUGCGCCGACCAACCGCCACUUAAAACAAUAUAAUAAUCAAAAAUAAAAAUCGUGGGAGAAAGUAGAACUCUCUCGUUUACGUUAUCUACAGUCUUCAUGCAAAUCGAAAUUGCAUUCCAGUCUUGACUACUGCUCAUUACAAAACCGACACGUGCAUGGUCGCCACCAUUCUUGAUAUGUAACGUGUCUAAAAACACCGCCUAAACCCGCCACACCAUGCCACGUUGCGUGACACAACGUCUUAUGUCUUACUUACGUCCCCACAUCGUAGUAGUACUAUAUAAACAUGAGAUUACAUGAAUCAAAAUAUCCACUCCUCUUAAUAUAGUACCAAAACCUGAGAUUCAACAGUUUUUUCUUGAAGCUAAUUAAGUCUGAAAUGGAAGUAGGCAAGAGAAUGGAGAUGUUACAGAGGAAAUCGUCGAUAGAGACAGAGCCCAGGACGUUGCAUCUCGAUCAAAUAGAAAAUGCCCGAGAGGAGGCAUUGUGUGUGAUAAAUACAAAGACCUUCCAGGAAGCACUGGAUAUUUUCACAAAGGAGACGCAAGAGGGCUUAAGGGCUGGUGAGGAGAAAAGAGGAAGAUGUUUAGAUUUGAAGGAUUAUGAUGAUGAAGAUGAGAGAUUAAUCUUUCUUGAUCCUCGUGGUUGGGACAUUGCUUCAGCUCCUUUUUAAUUAGAAAUUUUUUGUUUUGUUUUAGUCUCUUUGUCAGUUUUGAUGUAACUCUUCAUUUCACCGUGUAAAUAUACUACUAAACAUAAUUAGAUCCACUAUAAACACAUUCAUCUUCUUUGGAAUUGCGAAACGAA